AUGGCCUUAGUUCAAGGUUUGCAAUCAUGCCUCGAGCCUCCUCGGCGACCCGACUCCAGUCUCUUAACCCACAAAUCGUCUCCUCGUCCGCCCCAAUUACGUCAAACACCAAAACCCGAACCGAAUUCCGUGAUUGGUAACAAGAACAAUGGGUGGAGUUUCAGUGAUAUUCUUGAAAACCCAUCUUCGAAUCAUGUUAAGACCGAAGAAGUUUACGUUCAUCCGAUGGUGAAGCGAUCGGCUUCCGCAUUGAGCACCAAAAGCUUGGAAAUGUGUACGGAAAGUUUGGGGACUGAAACAGGGAGUGAUGUGAGUGAGAGCAGUGAUGAGUUUAGUUGGGAGGAGAGAGAGAGGUUUGGCGGUUUACGGCGGUCGAAAGCUCGGAUUUUUGGCCGGAAAGUGGAGAGCCACCGUCGAGGUGGCGGCUUCCCGCCGCCAUUGACCUCCAUCAGUGGCUCAGAUGGCACCGUGAAAGUGAGGCCUCACAGGGAAGGUGGGAGGUUGGUUAUCAAGGCUGUGAGUGUUUCCGAUUGUGGUACCAAGUUUGAAGCUGAACGUACAAAUGGAAGACUUAGGCUUUCAUUGUUGAAGGACUGUUGUGUAAUUGUCGAAAGUGGAAGGGCUGAAAUGAAAAAUGAAAACGGUGAAGAAGAGGUUUGUGGUGGUGGUGGUGAUGUGGAGGAGAGCGGUGGUGGUUGGUGGUGGGAGACGGACGGAAGUAAAACGAACGGCGGUGUUAGAACCGCAAUCCGGGCAUCAAAUAGACCGUCUAAGUUACCGAGCUCGUUUGAAGACUCGAAUGAGUUUGGGUUAACCAGGUGCAAAGACAGUGGGAAUGGGAAUAAAGGGAUCGGAAACUGGAGUUUGCUUCGGGUGGUUAUUUCUUGAAAAGAAAAACAAGCGUUGACGGUUGUUCUUACAAAAUUUCAGUGACGAUUACUAGCAAAUAAUAACGUUGAUUUAUAAGACCGUAACUGUUGUUACUGAAAUGCUAUUUAUCAAUCCAUCAUUUCUUAAGUUUACAAUCGUAUCGAGUCAGGUUGGAUCGUGUCGAGCCGAAUUUUCCCGAGUUGGUAAAAUAA